AUGUCGGAAAUAGUGGACAUCAUCAAGAUUCUAUGUUCAGAAUUGAACAUCAGAAGUGCGGUUCUUGGCAGCCUCUGCCUCCAGAUUUCCCUGAUUCUGGCUUCUCCCUCCAGGAGAUGGACAAGAUGCAGCAUUAUCAUCUUUUUCAUCUGGUUAGCUUAUGUGGUGGCUGAUAUGGUCGCAAUAUACGCCAUCGGGCUCAUCUCCAAGACCCACCACGGAAAUCAGUCUGAUGAUAGCGGUGAUGCUUCCUCUUCUUCUCCUUCCCCAGAGCUCCUCUCGUUUUGGGCUCCUUUCCUUUUGGUGCACUUGGGCGGUCCUGAUACCAUCACCGCUUUCUCUCUGGAGGAUAAUCAGCUGUGGCGCAGGCACUUAACCACAUUCUUCAUGCAGGCCGGUACCAUUCUCUAUUUCUUCUACCUAUCACUCCCCAACAACAGGCUCAAGUUCCCCACUUCGCUCAUGUUUCUUUCUGGAUGUGUCAAGUACUUGGAGAGGACACGCUCCAUGUACUUGGCCAGCAAGAACAAGUUCAGAGACGACAUGAACAGAGAUGUCAGCCUACAGCCGGACCAUGACCAGACCGAAAAAUAUGCUAAGAAAUGGCAAAAGAUAGUGGACCACCCAGAGGUAAUAGCAGCAAGAACAGUGCGGCAGCAAGAAGAGCAGGAGGAGCCUCUGUUGAGCGAGUUGGAUGUACUGAAAAGGGCUGGCGGGCUGUUGGAAAUCGAACAGGCACUGUUGGCAGACAUGAUUCUAGGACUUCCCAUUCGAGAUUCCAGCCGCAAGCUCUUUGAGGGUGUAUCAGCACGAGACGCGCUACGGGUGUUAGAGGUGGAACUCGGCUUCACUUACCGUGUCCUCUACACCAAGUUUCAAAUUGUACGCUCAGCUUGGGGCAGGAUCGCUCGUGUUCUAGCUGUAGCCGCGGUCCUGCUGGCACUCUCCUCCUUCCAUCUCAACUAUGGUUCAGAUUUCGAUGACAUUGAUGUUACAAUCACGUAUACCUUGCUGUUCGGUGCAUUAGCGUUGGAGGCGCUGGCCAUCCUCAAGUCAAGUCUCUUUGAUCCCACAACUGGUGCUGCUACGACUUUCAGGGCUUGGUGGAGAAAACAUGUGGUGGCAGGUUGCUGUGAGCCUUUCUUCUGGGCUUGGUUGAGAAAGCUUGCGGUGGUCGUUUUCUACAAGCCUUUCCUCCAUCUUACGGGAAGACCCGAGGAGGCUACACCACCAGAAGGAAGACCUGUGAUUUCGGAUGAGUGGUGUGGCUCUGUAUCUGGUUUCAACUUGAUGACUUAUAGCCUCAGACGCUACGAGAUUGGGUCUUACCUUCCGCGUCUGGUGCAAGACCAGUGGCUGUUCAAGUCAAGCAAGCCGCUGAGGGAGGACCUCUGGGAAUUCAUCUACCUUGAGCUGAAGGAGAAAUCAAACAAGUAUGUCACCACCAAAGAUCUGGACAGCGUGAGGAAGGCGUGUUCCGUCAGAGGGGAAGGUGUCAUGGAGAAAUAUGGCCUGGACAAGGGCUGCAUUGAUCUAAUGCCUUCCGUUGUCAACAUUCCUUACGACGAGAGCCUCCUGUUAUGGCACGUAGCCACAGAGCUCUUGUACAACAAUGCUAGUGAUGAAAGCCAAGGCAGAGAACCCGAGUACAAGGAGUUCAGCAAGACCUUAUCCGACUACUUGUUGUAUCUUCUCGUCAUGCAACCUGCAAUGAUGUCAACCGUGUCAGGGUUUGGCAAGGUGAGGUUCGAGGACACUUGUUCGAAGGUCAGAAAGUUGUUUGGCGAAUGGGGCGUGGGGAGUAACCAGAUCAGGAGUGCUUACAAGAAACUCCUGAAUGCAAAGCCAGAGUUUGGUGCUCCCGCAGCAUCAUCAAAGGGUAGUGACAGCAACAAGGAGAAUGUUGUGUUGUUCACAGCUAGCAGGUUGGCGAAAGAGCUCCAGAAACUGGGCACGGAGAAAUGGGAAGUGGUCGGGAAAGUGUGGGUGGAGCUGCUGUCGUAUGCUGCAAUCAACUGUGACAAGACUGCCCAUGCCCAGCAACUGAGCAAAGGAGGAGAGCUCAUCACCUUUGUAUGGCUGAUGAUGGCUCACCUUGGCUUGUCUGUGCAGUUCCAGGAAGAUGCAUAUGUGUGGGAGCCCAAAGGAGACUUGUUUGACGUUGAAAAAGAAGCAGAAUUAGCUAAUAGACCAUAG